AUGACCCAAUUGGUUGUUCACUGGUUCGCGUGCAAUCACUUCUACCCUGAAUGGAGGAACACCCCCAUACCUCCUUGGGCAUCCCCUGGGACUAUCCUCCGCCCUACGGCUGCAUUACACGGCUACGACUGCUCUGUCUGUCUUGAUCCGCCAAGCAAGAUCCAAGAGGCACGAAAGUCCGUUCUGAUGACCGCCGCUGCCCUCUCAAAGAUUAUCGAUAUCCCCGUUAACGAUGGCGAAUUCAUGCACGGAGUUAUUCGAUUCUAUGCCCGAGGCGACCAUCUAAGAUGGCUACAGCCGCCUACCCCUGAUGCUCAGCUUUUGGCACCCGACCCAUAUUUGCAUGCAUUGAUGAUGGAAUCGUGGAGGAACACAUUGGGCGAGUUGUACUUCUGGACUAAGCCUGGUUAUCUCUUCGAUGUUGCUCUGGCUGAGGUGAGGCGGUCGGAGCCAGACAACUACGAGCUCCUUAAUUGGUCUGGGACGAAUUAUAUGCCAAUUUGUCCGUACUAUUACGUGUCGAUGUCACCAAUGGCGCAGCCCGUUGCCAAGCCAGUGCAGAGCUCUUAUGAUUCAGCACAGAGAUCUUCCCUGGGAUCACAGGCUUCCUUUGGUCUAGUACAGACACCUAUGAGAAAACCAGAGUCUAGUGUUGGUUCGACACAGUCUUCUUUCGAUACAGCCCGGACUGCUUCUUCAAAUCAGAGCCUCUCUUCCCGCGUGAGUCAGAGUCCCUGCCACGAGGAAAUCAUACAGCAGGUAGGUACCCAGAACAAUACCACUACGGCUAUGCAGAAUGUCCAGACCUCCCAGGUGUCUCUGCCCUUUGUGAGAAUGGACCCCUCGGUGGCCCUAGAUGAUCCGUUCGUUAUCGAGCCUAUUUCGGUAUCCCCAAACUCAUAUACUCAGAUGGUUCCAUCACUAACUGUGUGGCAGGGGGAGGGUAGCUGGUCAAGGCAAGACGACCAUAUUGCCGACCUGAAGCGCCAACUCAGACUACCCGGGCCAAUGGUGAGGAAUGUAUCACCAGACCUUGGUUCCCCGACACCUUCAACUCCUGAAAGUAUAUCUGCGAGAGAGAUCAAUCGAAGGAGAGAUUCGGAGAAGCCCUACAAACCCACAUUGCUCGCCAAUGGUACUUCUGCAUCUUGCGACGAUGAUGAAACUUGGUCUAUAGAGGAUGCAUCGGAAUCGUCUUUCAAGGACGCAGUUAACGCUCGUUCCGAGUCUGCAUCUUCCUCCGCUGGCAGCCCCGUAGUGGCUUCGAAGAACGAUAACAAUCUAAGAUCACCUGUGUGCAACACUAGUGAUACUCAACCUAUCACAUGCACAACUGUCAAUCCCUCCUUGCUCUUGCUUGAGAAUGGCCUCAAGAUGUAUCCCUCUAUUGAACACUCAUAUGAUGUUGCUGCAAUCAGACCUCGAUCACUGUCGCCCGCAGGAAACCUCCAACAUGAGCUCCAAGGUGGCUCCCCAGAUGGCAAGAAUGCGGAAGAUGCAAACUCGCUAGUCUUCAAUAUUGGGACGGAGAACGGCUCUAAUACGGAUCUAUUUUCAGCUACUUUGGAUCAGUAUACUGUAGAGCAGCUGGCCGCACGGCAACUCACAAAAACUCCAGAUUUAGAAAGCAACCCGAACGAAUAUGGCUUUGGGUUUGGUUUUGAACACAAUUUAUUUGAUGGAUUCAACUUUUUGCUGCCCGAAGAACAAACUGAAAUACCUUUGGAGUCGAACAUGAUGAUUUGA